AUGCUUCAACAAAAAUCAAUAUCCAAACUCCUUUCAAAAGGACUCACACCAAUCACAAUCCCAUUCCAACCACAAUCACAACAUCAAAUCCAGCAAUCACUAACAACACCACCACAAGCAACAUCCACCACAUCAUCAUCACCAGCACACACAACUGCCAAUGCUCUGCUACUAUCUACCUCUUCCCCCCAGAAGCAGCAACAAAAGCAACAAUCACCAACCUUACAAGUUAGUCCAAUUUCGAUCUCACUUUUAUCAACCCAAGGAAUCCCGUUAAUCACCGUUUCGAAUCGAAAUGAAUUAAGUCAUGAUAGUUUGAGGAUAUAUAGUUUAUUGGCCUAUAAUUCAUUAGAAACAACAACAGCAGCAACACAUGGAGGAGGAGGGGAUAAUUGGAAUAUAGUUGAUUUUGAGGGGAUUAAAUGUAUAAUUGCCAAAUUAUAUCCGGGGAGAGGUACACAUCCGCUUAUGCCAGAAGUUAGUGGUGGAGAUGAUGAAGGGAUUGAAAUCAUACCUGGUAUGACAAAGGGUGAGGAUGGCGGUAGCAGAGAUGUUGAGAAUAAGAGACAAAUUCUGCAACAACAAAAACUGCAACAACAACAGAGGAAGAAAACUAUGUGUGUUGUUUUGUUUUAUGAUGCAUAUAUGAGUGAUGCUGUUGCUAAAUUGAAGUUGGAUGGGAUUGUUGAUGCAUUGAAUGAUGGAUUGAUUGGAUAUAAUAAAGUUUGA